AUGUCAACCGGAAUUAUAGAUACUCUUGUAGCACUAUAUACUUCAGGCUAUGUGGCUUUUACCAUUGACAUUGAUGACCAAACCACCAUGCACUUCUGGACAGCCAACCACAGCUUGUCCAGGAACUUCAAUUUGUACGUACCGGAUUUGUUGUUCUUUGGCAAGUCUCAAAAUGAACCGGUCGGACCGGAGCGAGACGAUGAGCUGUUCAAUGUGAAUUCAGAUGCUUUAGAGAUUCUUUUACCAAAAAGUCCACAUGAUCUACGGCUCUAUGGCGGGUUAGUGGCUUAUCGGAUGGCUGAGAUGUAUCCAGAGAUGGUGGAGAAGGUUGUGAUUGUGAGCAGUGGGGUAGUUUGGACUGAUGAACAGAAGGAUGAGCUGUUGAGUGUGAAUUCAGAUGCUUUGGAGAUUCUUUUACCAAAAAGUCCACAUGAUCUACGGCUGUUAGUGAAUCGAUCUGUGUAUAAGUAUGAUGCUUUCAAGCACUUAGGCCCCAAAUCAAAAUUAGAGAGAAUCAAGGACACUGGUCAUGCAGCAAAUUUUGAUUCGCCGGAUACAAUCAAUGCAUUGAUAAAAUCAUUUGUUUUAGGUAGUUGUCCCUUCAUUGUUGGAAGCCCAAUGGAAGUCAAAAGAAAAACCUAG